AUGGGCUGUUCCGAGUUUUGUGUCACAAAAACCUGGCCUAAAACCGCUUCCAGCUACCUGGGCAGCGGGGGAGAAUCCCGCCGUUCCCAGCUGGGCCCGCGCCAGGUGUUUACUGCCUUGGGUGCCGUGCCCAGCGCUGUCGCCUCUGUGAGCCUAACAUUGAGAUACCCAAAGAAGCUGCUUUUGUUCCUCUCAGUAAAAGCUAAACAUUAUAAAAAAAUUGUUCUCAUAGUCUGGAGAAGUCUGUUUCUCUCAAAAUAAUCUAUUGCAGUGCUUCAGGAUUCCUUGUGGUUGUGGUUUCUCCAGAAGACGAAAAUAUUCCUGUGGCAGGAGGCUGUGAUGUACACGGGCUUUGGUUCAGGUGCUAAAGAUGCUUUUUCUCAGGUGUAUCCUGAUUGGAUACAAGUUGCUUUCUUGGAAGUAUUUGUUGUAUACUUGGAAGUAUAUGUUGCUUUCUGGGAAGUAUUUCAUGAAUCUAUUAAAUAUUUUGAUGAUGACUUUAAGGAGGGAUUGGUAGACUUAGUUUUUCAGUGGGUAUCGGGUCUAAAACUAAGGAAAUGUGUGUGGAAGAAAUGGAAUCUCAAAAGCCUUAAGGCUGCCACAGUAAAUCAUACUAGUAAAGAUGCUACUGCUAAAAUAAAAGCUGGUGCAUCUGCCAGUUCUGCAGCCGCCAAAGAUGAUUCAAUUUGCAAAAAUCAACCUAAAGAUAGGAAAUAUAUGGCAGAUGAAGAAAUAAGUGAAUGUUGUGAACAUAUAAAUACUGUGCCAAAGGAAUCCAAAGCCAUAACAGAGACAAGAAUCAGGGAGCACUGCUUCAGUCCUGCCCAGAACAGCUGUAGUGCAGCAGUUGCUCCAACUUAUCAAGAUGUUAUUAAAGAGACACAUGGACUCAGAAAGAUUUCAGAAGGAUUAUACUGA